AAAUCCUAGAUCAAUCGGUCCUUGCGUAAUAUAGAUUCUUGCACGCAGUUACAAAACUCAAUUCUUGGUAUCUUGUGAGGGCGAUUCUUUAAAAUCCACCAGGAUGAAGUGGAUCGAUUCUCCUUUUCAGGGGAUGUGCUGGUGUUGGGUUUUGCCAACCUGGUCGCAGAUGGGAUAUCGAUGGGAUGUGGCGAUUAUGUAUCAGCCACCACCGAGCAGGAUGUCGCAGCCGAGGAGAGAGCCGUGACCGAGUGGGAUGUCACAAACAGAAGCCAGCCUGAGCAGAUGGAGCUCCUCCGCAAGUAUCAAAGGCUCGGCAUGUCUGCUGAGGAUGCCGAGACGGUCGUGAAUAUAUUCUCGAAAUACAAGGACCUGCUGGUGGACGAGAAGAUGAUGGCUCAAAAAGGGAUGACUCCGCCUGAUAAAGAAGACAAACCAUGGAAGAACGGGCUUGUGACCUUCGUCUCCUUCAUCGUGUUUGGAAGCGCGCCUCUUCUCUCAUUCAUAAUCCUCAUACCAUUCACCGACAGCGACACCAUCAAGUUCAUAGGAGCAUGCGUGCUAUCUGUUCUCGCCCUCGUUCUCCUGGGAAUAGCCAAGGCCAAGAUUGCUGGUCAAAAAUACGCCCUGUCUGCAUUCGUUACCGUCUUAUAUGGUGCCACAGCCGCUGCAGCUGCUUAUGCCCUUGGUUGGACGCUACGAAAUAUUGCCGGCUUAGACGAAUGACUGAAGAUGAUGCGUUUGAGUAGAGGGCAGAAGAAAAAGUAGGGACUUUUUGGCUGGUCGUAUUAGAGUGAUAAGGAUAACAGUGUAAGGAUGUUAAUUGCUUUUUGAUGUUUGAAAAUGGGAAGAUUAUAAUCUCAAUAUGAAUGGCUCAACCAAGUUCCUGGAUGG